CCAUAUACCACAGGCCAGCGGCAGUAGCAACAGUAGCAGCAGCACCCACUUGUCGGCUGGCCGACACCACGGCAGCUCAACACUGCUCGACACGAUCCCUGGCGACUACCUGUGCGAUUGUCGAGUGCCACCUAAGGGGAAUUAGGAACGCGGCGCCGGCAGCGUGCACUAAUUAGCGCGACAAUUAAUUGCCAAAGAGCACGAACUGCCGUGAGCAACUGACCGCACGCGUGCGCGUCCCACGUCGACGUGACCAGCUGCAGCCUGUUGCAAGCGGCGGAUUAUGACUGGAACCCGCUAAGUGCUAGUUCAAUUUGCCUCGGGGGAAAAAUAGCUUUCAUGUGGCUUCCAGAUGCUGUGGUACUUUUCUACAAACGGUAUAUUUAUCAGAUUAAAGAUAGACUGAUUUUACGCGAAGAGAGGAAGAAAAGGGAAAACGAAGAAAGCAGGAAAGAAGAAAAAGAAGCAAACGGUGUGUCGUAGACAAAAUAACUCGCAGUGAAAUGGAUGAACCAAUAACGCGAGGUAGAUGGGUUUGCCCGAAUGAUCGGCAACUGGCGUUGCGAGCAAAAUUGCGGACAGGAUGGUCUGUGAAAACGGGAUCUUUCGAAUCCCAUGGUUGGGGACAGUAUUCAAAUUCUUGCACGAGCAGUUCCAAUCGUUGCGGACAAUCUUACUUGCUCAGUGACGAUGAACGAAAAGCUAUUAUUCAGGUAAUACAAAGAGCCGAGGCUCUGGACCAGUCGGAGCAGGAACGAGUCGGUAGACUCGUCGAGAGACUAGAGAACAUGAAGCGAAACGUAUGCAUCGUGACAUCAAAUAGAUUAAACGAGAGACGCGGUUGCGGAAUUCGGUGCUCCGGUGGAGCUCGUUGCGUCUGUGCGUGCGCACUUUGCGGUGAAAAGUUUGGCGCGGUGCUGGGAGCGAGCGCAAAUCUUUGCAAGGACUGCCGCAAAUACAUCUGUCAGAAAUGCGGUAUUGAGGCCACUAAACUUUAUCCAUCGAAAACAAGCGGCGAUGGAAAUGACGCGAUUACUUCGUCGCGCAGUUCGUUACGCGUCGUAAGAUUCGCUCAGGAACGGACAGGUGUUCAAAGAUCUCAUGCUAACGCGCCGAAACAAUUCCUCUGCCGAAUUUGCGCGGAGACCAGAGAGAUGUGGAAGAAAAGCGGCGCUUGGUUCUUCAAAAGCAUGCCGAAAUAUAUUCUACCGGAGAAGAAGGAGCGAGGAUGGUCUCGUCCUGGUCACAGAACAUCGACGUGGACGAUAGGAGGUCCAUGUAGGUCCGCGGACUCAACUGAUGCUCAGGAUUCUUCGUCCGAUGACGAUGCAACGCGACGACUCACGGUAGCCCGUGGUCAUUCGCCUACAAAUCUGUCAAGCAAUCGUGAAAGCACCCCGACCAAAUUGACAAUUUCGAGUCCUGCAACAAGUACCUCAUCGCCGAGAAGUCUUCGAGGAAGGCCAAAUGGUCUGUCGUCUUCGGGCUAUCGCGAGGAUGCUAGUUCUGACAAGCUGGACAAGUCUUGCCUCUCGAUCGCCUCUCAAUGUAGCAGACUUUCACCCACGGGCUCAAUUAGCCCUCGUUCAAGAGCAAGCGGCAAAAGUCCGAACGAACUCCAAGUGGAGCAACGCGUAUCUUUCGAAGACAUUUUCGUAGAUGACGAGAGAGCUAAUGAGGCAGAUGAUGACGAAGAGGAAGACGUUCAAGAGACUCGCAAGGACGCUUCUACAUCCAUAGACCGGUCAAAGGGCUCUCAGACUAAAAGCGCCGACGAUAGCGACAACGCCGACCACGCCGGUCGAGCGGUUUCAGACCAUAGGCAAGAUUCUCCAAGAGAAGAACACGGAACGGGACGCGAGCAGGUCCUGCUCGGAUCAGGACAGUUCUUCCAGCACUCGCAGCAACAGCCAAGUCAAGAUACGAAAAACCCCGGAAUACCCACAAGAAACGGGACAAGAUUAUGGGACUCUCGAAGUCUCCUUGCGAUACGACCCGGCAGAUCAGUGCCUCCAGUGCAAAGUGGAACGUGCACGUCGUCUAAGGCCCAUGGAUAUCCAAGGCCUCGCCGACCCUUUUUGCAAGCUGAACAUAUUGCCCGUCAGAAAGGCAUCGACGAGCAGGCGAUUACGAACAAAGACAGUGCACAAGACACGCGAUCCCGAGUUCAACGAGACGGUGAAUUUCUACGGAACGACGGAAACCGACAUCUCGACCGGCAAGGCGCUGCACAUCCUAAUCAUUCAGGACGAUCCUUCGGGUCAAGAUUUUCUAGGAGAGGCGAGAUUUCCCCUGCACGAAUUAGUACCAUAUCAAACGAAACAUUACAAAAUUUCUCUGCAAGCUCAUUAUCCAGUAUGUUGAAUACAGAAGUGGACAACGAAGAGGAAACCUGGGGUAUGUGUUCAAGCGGUCGCGGUCAGAUUCAAAUAAGCCUGAGUUAUUGCACGCGUCGGCGUGCACUGCUGGUCACAGUGCAUCGCGCUACGAAUCUCUUGCCCAUGGACAGCAACGGGUUUUCUGACCCAUUUGUCAAACUGGCACUCGUCGAGGAUGCGACCGACAAUCAUCGGCAGCAACGGUUCCUAGACUACUCGGCCGCUCGCGCAACUGCCAAAAAGCUGACCGGGAAGAAGACGGCCAGCCGCGGCUCGCAGAGCACGAGCAUCAAGCGGAAGACAUUGAAUCCAGAGUGGAACGAAGAGUUCGUUUUUGCGACUCGAUUGACGGAGCUAAUGAAGCUGACGCUAUGUCUAUCCGUGUGGGACAAGGACUUCGGCAAGAGUAACGACUACCUGGGCGGUCUUAUGCUAGGUUGUGGUAGCAAAGGGGCACGUUUACGACACUGGAUAGAUGCGAUCAAGUUCCCGGAUCAUCGACAUUUGGCGUGGCACAAUCUAGCAGAGAUGGAUGUGCCCAUCGAGUAAUAGCUCUAUUUCGGUAAUCAGAAAGCAGGUCAAGGUUAAACAUACGAAGUAUGCGGGCUUUAUCGACAUGUUACAUUUACACGGAUAUACACACGCGCAUACGCUAUAAUAUACUUGGCGCGUGUGUUACCAAUCUGUGCGUGAUUUAUCGUUGCUCAAAAAUUAAGUAUUAUAAAGUAUUAAGAGAGUUGAUACGAAAAUAAAGAAGUUGAGAACAGAG